UUAAGGUUUAUCCAAUCAUCCCCAUACAGCUAUAAAGCUAUCUUUAAAGCUAUGUAUCUGUAAUCUGCAUUAACCUCCGUCUAUAAAAGUGCUUCCCAUACGCCUGCCUCCACGCCGCUCUCCCUACACGGUUUGCAUCUCAAACUAAGCAAAUUCAUGGCCGGAAAGCUCCACAGGAUCAAGUCCAUGCUCAAGCGGUGGCACUCCAGCAGCCGCCUCAUCGCGGCCGACGACGGCAGUACCCAACGUCACGGCAGCACCCCCGCCGUUCUCCACCCCGUCUACGUCGGCAAGUCCCGCAGACGGUACCUCAUCAGCAGCCCCCUUGUCGAGCACCGCCUCUUCCAAGUCCUCGCCCGUCGCUCCGCCGCCGACCCUGGCGCCGCCGUCGUCGUAGGCUGCGAGGUGGUGCUGUUCGAGCACCUCCUUUGGAUGCUCGAGAACGGCGACCCCCCGCCGGAGUCCAUCGACGAGCUCGUCGAACUGUAUGCCUGCUGAUGAGCUGACAGAUCUUCAGAUUUCAUUACAGUGACCGAGUUCUGGGACGUUGUGCCUCGAUCUCCAGUGUAACGGUUUCUGUUAUUAAUGGAUUUAUAUAUAUGCUCGAUCAUCCAUUUGAUGAAAUAUUUAUCAUUAAUG